AUGGCCGCCGCCGCCGCCGCCAUGAUCGCGGCGGUCGUCAUGGCCGUGGCCGCGGCCGCGCUCCCUCGCCCCGCCGCGGCGGCGUCGGGCGUGGGGGUGAACUGGGGCACGAUGAUGUCGCACCCGAUGCACCCGGCGGCGGUGGCCCGCAUGCUGGCGGCCAACGGCGCCGACCGGGUCAAGCUGUUCGACGCCGACCCCUGGACCGUCUCCGCGCUCGCCGGCUCCGGCAUCCAGGCCAUGCUCGCCGUCCCCAACGACCACCUCGCCUCCGUCGCCCGCGACCCCCGCCGCGCCCGCGACUGGGUCCGCGACAACGUCACCCGCAACCUCGACGCCGGCGUCGACGUCAGGUAUGUGGCUGUUGGCAAUGAACCAUUUCUGAAGAGCUACAAUGGCAGCUUCAUCAAUAUUACGUUUCCUGCGCUCAAGAACAUGCAAAGAGCUCUAGAUGAGGCUGGCGUAAUGGUCAAGGCUGUUGUCCCCCUGAACGCUGACGUCUACAACUCCCCUGAGAACACACCAGUGCCAUCUGCUGGGAAUUUCCGCAAGGAUAUCAACACCCUCAUGGUUUCCAUUGUCAAUUUCCUCCACAGGAAUGAUGCGCCUUUUGUCGUCAACAUCUACCCGUAUCUGAGCCUCUACCAGAAUGCAAACUUCCCGCUGAACUUCUCCUUCUUUGAUGGUGGUAGCAAGCCAGUCUUUGACAAAGGGUUGGUAUACACCAACGUGUUCGACGCCAACUUCGACACCCUUGUUUGGUCACUAAGGAAAGCCGGCGUGCCCGACAUGAAGAUCAUAGUCGGCGAGAUCGGCUGGCCAACAGACGGCGACAAGCGCGCCAACGUCAAGUAUGCACAGAAGUUCUACGACGGUUUUCUGAAGAAGCUGGCCAGAAAUGUCGGGACGCCUCUGAGGCCCGGUCGCAUGGACGCCUACCUGUUCGCGCUGAUCGACGAGAACCAGAAGAGCGUGCUGCCGGGGCGCUUCGAGCGCCACUGGGGGCUCUUCACCUACGACGGGAAGCCAAAGUUCCCCAUGGACCUCAGUGGGAAUGGCCAGGACAGGUACCUGCUCGGGGUGGAAGGGGUGCAGUACCUGCCAUCCCAGUGGUGCGUGUUCGACAAGGACCUGAAGGAUAGGUACAGGGAGCUGCCAGCCUCCGUGAACUAUGCGUGCUCGAACGCAGACUGCACCGCGCUGGGGUACGGCUGCUCGUGCAACGGCCUCAGCCAUGACGGCAACAUAUCGUACGCGUUCAACAUGUAUUUCCAGACCAUGGAUCAGGACGUCAGGGCGUGCUCGUUCGGAGGCCUCGCGAAGAUCGUGACGACGAAUGCGUCUCAGGGAGGAUGCGUGUUCCCGGUGCAGAUUCUGAGCGCUUCGGAAAGGGUGGUGCCGCUGAGAGUUUUGGCCGCGUCCUUGGUUCUUUUGGUGGCUGUGUUCAUCCUCAUGUAGGCGAGGCAGGUCAGUGAGCAUUUGUGUACAUCAAGUGGUCGAAGCUGUGCGUGACACGGGAGAAAGCGCAGGAUUGCGAGGGUGGAUUUUUUGCUCGUACUGCAAGAGUCUGUCAAGGCAGAGCUGGUGGGUGAUUGAAGACGGAGUCUACUUUCAGAGGACAGUCUCACAAGGCAAGAGGUGUAAAAUUCUGAAUUUUCAGCACGUCAAUUGCCAUGCUGACCGCUGAUAUUCUACAGCAGCAUGGCUUCCAGGUUUCUCGUCUGAUAUUCUACACCUGUUUAGUGGCCUGAGCCGUAUACGAAAUGAGCAGUUUGUUCAGUUUCAACCAUCCUGUAUUUGCGGAUUCGAUCUUUUCUGGAUGUAUGAACUGCGAAAGAAACAUGUGCUUCGGCAUGACAGGCAUACGGAAGUUGCAGAAUGCGUGAUGUUUCUGUCUGUUCCUUGAGUUACUG